AUGAAGUUCACAACCCCCCUCCUCACCACCCUCCUCACCAUAACAUCCCUCAUCACCGACGCCUCCGCCCACAAAGACAAGAAGAAAAUCCAAGCCGAACUCGACCGCGACAUGACCGCCCACACCCUGGAAGCCAAAGCCGUAAAUCGCAUGGUCUUUAUCGAGCCUCUCUGGGCCUUUAUGAGCAUGUGGCGUAACCAUGAGGCCUCGUACGGUGUUACGGGUCUGAUCUGGGCGACGGAUGCGUGUACGGGCGUUGAUGAUAGGCCGUUUAGUUGGGACUUCAAACCAGCUUGUAUCCGACAUGACUUUGCAUAUAAGAAUUUCAAAAGGCAAGGGAGGUUAGGUCAUCAAGCCCGUAAGAAAAUCGAUAAGAACUUCAAACACGACAUGUACGAGCAAUGCAAGCAAGAAAAGCACAAGCACAUGUGCCGCAUUGGAGCGAAGAUCUACUACGCUGGUGUGAGACUCAUGGGGAGGGAUCUCGAUGUUGAAGCGGAGCAUACUACGAUGAACGGGACUGAAAUUGCCAACGCUACCACCGACGAUACUGCUACCAUCGCUGCCGUCGCCACCGACUCGGAUACUGAGACUAGUACUGAGGAGAGGGCCCAGAAGGUCUUUGCGGCUCGGAUUGCGGAGCUGCUCGCGCAUCCAGAGGUGCUGAUGGAGAUGACGGAGAGGGAUUUAGAGAACGUGGAGACGGCAGUUGAUGAGGGGAUUGGGGACAUCGAAAAGGGUGAUUCGGUGCAAGAGGAGAUCGUCGCUAUUGGUCUCUAG